GUACACCUUUUAAUGACAGACACUGCCACAGAACCUCAAGAUCGACAGAGUCAAAUACCGCUUUAAGGUCAAGGAAAACAACUAUUAUCGGACGCCUAAACGCGUGUCUCUGUUCUAGGACCUGUCGUAGUGUGAAUUUGUGGUCCAUAUAUCCACGUCUAGGUCUGAAAGCAGCCUAGUUUUCUCGAGUCUACUCCUCACGAGUUUUAGUUAGGCGCCUGAGUAUUAUCCAAGCUAACAAUUUAGAAACUAUAUUAAUUUAACCUAUUCCUCUGUGAUUGUCGCAAAAGGACUUUUGUCCUUUUUAAAAAUUGGGACAAUCAUCGAUUGAGACCAGUCAGAUGGGAUUAUGUCCAGUUCCCAAAUUCUAUCCUAAGAUCUCAAUCAAUCUAACUGCUAAAACUGGGCCACCAUCCUUAUGUGGUGUCGCGGCUUAAACCUUUGCACUCGCAUCUCACGUUUUAUGACUGAGUUUGUCAUAGUGAACAAACAUUCUACGUAGUUACUGUUCGACAAAUAUAUAAGUUACUAGUCAGUUCAAUUGAUUAGAAAAUUUUUGAUUUUUUAUCUACCUGUUAUGCACUUUGAUCUUUAAACAGAAGUAUAUUUUUAUCAGUUAGUGUUUAACAAUCUUGUUUCAACUAAGUUUGUGAGGUUCUGAUGUAGACCUAAGUAUCCGAGAAACUGCAUAUGUUAAGUUUAUUAAUGAUUGGUGUCUUUCCUUAGUAACAGUUGUUUUUUACGUUUAAGUAACGCACGUGUUUCGGUACGUGGGAGGAAUUUCUUCUAAUUAACGACAGAUAUAUUCAUCUGUUGUAGCGUUUCAGCACUAUUUUCAUACCUAUAUACAUUGAGUUUUUAUUUCCGAAUUAGUGUAAAUAUGUCAACCCCAAGGACAUAUGAAUCAAUGAAGGAACUACUUGAAUGUGCUAAAUUGGAUAUGUCUUUCACAUCAAACAUAUUUCAGUCAGUGAAAUUCGAUAACCCAUUAUUGUCUGACGAGUACAAAUUGAUUGAAGUCCCGAAUUGGUUAGCGGAUGAAGUGAUGGACAAAAUAAAAAGCCAAGUUAUCACUUUAAAAGAUGAACCUAAAUCUAAUAAUACUGGGCGUGUAUUUGCUUGUAUAAGUGACAAAACGUUUUCUGUUAUAGAAGCAGAAACAUCUAAUACACUACUUUUAGCCUCUAGUUGUUGGCUACCGUCAUCCGAUAUCCCUAAAGAGAAUUUAGUACUUGUUACACCAAUUCAAGCUGUUAAACAUAAUUACUUUCAACUUCAACAGUGUUCAGCUCCAUCUUUAAAACAGCUGAAGCUUUUGUUGGCUUCAUCUAUCUACUAUGGUCCUACUGAUGAUGAAUACGAUUCAGAGAAUAAAAGCUCCACUACCAGCUAUUUUGAUCGUGACACUGUUGCAACCCAACUGCCGUGCAGUAAACUGGAACUUGAUGAUGCGUUUCGACGGUUGCGUAUAUGUGAAAUCAACGGGUACUUACGAAUGCUUGAUCCUGAAUACAUAACACAAGUAAUUAGAGAUCUAUUCGCCCUCGCUGAUGAAAAUGCAUGGGAUUGGCGUACCUAUGGCUUCCCUUUACAUGCCUCAAUCGAAGGCUUGACCAAUCAACAUCUUCCAAAUAUUACCAAACAAAUUAUGAUGUUACUUUUUUCCCAGUUAGAACAUCGAAAAACACUUGAUUCUAAAGAUGUAUACAUUUACCCGAGGAAUUCUAAAAUUUGUCAAAUAGUUGGAGAACAUCUAUUAUCAGUUAUUAGUAGCUUUGACCUAAAUGACUUCCUAACAUUGUGGAAAGCAUCAGUUCCCAACGGAUUACGACCGAAGCUUCGUCGUCAUUUGACUUGUGCUGGACGUGCAUAUUGCGAAAUAACUCCUCUACAUCUAAAUGGCAAAAUCGGUAAACUAGAAAGUAAUGACAUCCGUUCUCGAUUUCGAUGUAUUUCCCUGUUACGUUCUGAGGACUUACCCGAUGAGAGUGUUGAAGCACGUCUUAAUGCAUUAUUUGAAAGAUGUUCCAUGUGGCCUGAACCAGAAAUAGGUAGUUUCAUAACGGAAUUAUUACCCCCACAACCUCACAGGAAAAAAUCUUCCUCUAAACACUUAGUUCCAGAAAAAAAAAUUCAAGUAGAUACGUUUUCUGAUGUUUCUUAUACUGAUUCGGAUUCGGACUUUACUUAUGAAGAUUACUGUUCAGAGUCAGCUGAAACUGUUUCAGCACUGGAAGAUGUACCUAUACCAACACCACCUGCUGUUUGUUCACUUCUUAACAAAUUCUGUCGUGUUAAUAAUAGUCCAGUCGGACAUGUAUUAACUCAACGACAUUCGAAGUAAUAGUUACUUUCAUAUGUUACUGUGUACAUGAUCUUUAUCCUUUAGAUUAUUUUGAUGUUAAAUUACUAUUUUUGUAAAUGCGAUUUCGUCGAAUAACUACUUAUUUUUAAUUAUAGUACAUUUAUAUAUUAUUUAUGUAUCAAUACUGAGUUUAAAAAAUCG